AAUAAUUUUUUUACUUAAAGAGACAAUCCACGUUCCGACGACCCCAGGUUGUAACUUGUACGCUCGAAUGCUCGACCUUCACUUUAAACGAACACCUCCUCUCUGUCUAGUGUCUACACAAGAUCACCAAUUUCCGCCUCCCCCUCUCUGUUUCUCUCUCUCUGCAAGGUUGUCAGUCAGACAAGAUCGAACUCGCCAUAACAGUCACGAAACCUGGUAUCUCGUAAAAUCUAACCGCUGUUCAGAACAAGACAUUCUGCUUAUGGAGCCUCUAAAUCAAAGCAAUGAAACUGAAAGCCAUAAUGACGUAAUGAACCGCCGUCUUAAGAACCGAGAACGGCAACGCAGAUAUAGGGCUCGGAAGCGCCUUGAAGCAGAUUUGAAGAAAUCUCACAUGAUUAACAAAUCAACUACUCUUGAAGUAGGGCAGCAACUGAAUGGGAAUCUCAACAAUUGUAGGACUCGCGUUCAUUGUUUGCGAAAUUGGAAAAAAGAUGCAAGAAUGGCUCAUGCAUGUAAGAAUAAUGGAGACACACCGGAUGCUUCCGUUACUCCUGCUUUGACGUCAACAAUUAAUGGUUAUACACUCUCCUUGCCUUCUGAUACGAAGGAAGUGGUGCCACCAGAGAAUAAUAAUACUUCUGCAAAUUUACUUAGCCUGACUGGUGGAGAAGCGCAUAAACCAAUGCUUGUUCGAAGAGAUUGGAAAUCUGAAGCAAGAAAGAAGAAACAGUAAGGUGGUUAUUCGCGACUUGUAAUUAUGAUGGAGUUCUUGAGGAUACUGAUUGAUUGUGGAUAUAACCGUCUUUUUGAUGGUGAAAUCAUGAUGUGGCCAAACAAUAUGCAAAUGAGGUAAGUGAAUAUCUUAUUGAGAUAAGAAAAUCAUUUUUUUCCUUUUUCCUUGGUUUCUUUUUUUUUUUUUACGUAUGGCCUAAUGGUAGAGUUGUAGUGGUGCAACCUAGAGUUCACAAGUUCAAUUUUUGGAAACGGUCUCUCCACAUAUUAUGUGGGGUAAGAUCUGUGUAUGUACUGCUUGUUCAUGAUCCCGCUUACUACGAGAGUCUUGUGCACGAUAGUUGUUUACAUUUACUUUCAUAAAAUAACAUAUACCAACUUAUGUUGUUGCAGUAGCCGGUGGUGUCAUAGAUUAUCCUGUAUUGCUGUUACAGUUAAAUAACUACUGACUCCAUACCGGAGCAUUACUACACCAGAAGACAUUUUUGUACGUAUCUCCAGUUAAAGAGGUCAUGUCAGUUCACAAGAAUUACCAUAUUAUGUGAAAUUUGGUGAAAUUACUACACGUUUGAACAGGAAGAUUUCUGUGUAUGCAUUGACAUUGAAAAGGUUUAGUUUGUUGAGUGCUUUCCUUAUUUAAAAGAAACACUUAUUUUCUAUGGCAUUUCAUGCCAACUUAAUGCCUGGUUGAACGAAUGUUGUUUGUGAGACAUUAUGAGUCUUCUUAUUGAAUUCGACUUUUUACUUCGAUACAUCAUCGAUUUUCUU